AUGGGAAACAUCUCUAGCCACGCCGCCAACAACCGUCGUCGACACGGCGCCGCUUCUAGAAGAACUCACCCACCACCACCUCCUCCGGUAACACCUCAACCCGAAAUCGCUUCACAUCAAUUUAUCUACCCCGGUGCACCACCGCACCUGAACCCGAACCCGAACCCUCCCAUGCAUUAUCCUCAGUAUCAUUAUCCUGGUUAUUAUCCACCGCCGCCGGUACCUAUGCCUCAUCAUCAUCAGCAACAUCCUCAUCCGCAUAUGGACCCCCGAUAUUACCCUUGCGGACCGGUCAUGAAUCAGCCUACACCGUUUGUUGAGCACCAGAAAGCUGUUACUAUAAGGAAUGAUGUUAAUAUUAAGAAGGAGACUCUUGCGAUUUCGCCGGAUGAGGAAAACAAUGGUUUCUUCCUUGUUUCGUUUACCUUUGAUGCCACCAUUUCUGGGAGCAUCACCAUAUUUUUCUUUGCAAAAGAAAAUGAAGGCUGCAUCCUCACACCGACCAAGGAAAACCAUCUUGCACCUGUGACUAUACAAUUCCAGCAAGGUCUUGGACAGAAGUUUAGACAGCAAGCUGGAACUGGUAUUAACUUUUCAACGUUCGAGGAGUCAGAUUUAUUGAAGGUGGGUGACAUGGAUGUCUACCCUUUAGCAGUGAAGGCAGAGGCAUCCUCUAAUAAUCACGAUGAAUCAAAUGAGACUGUGGCAUCUGGUAACCCGAACUCUCAGAUAACUCAAGCGGUGUUCGAAAAGGAAAAAGGAGAGUUCCGGGUAAAAGUUGUAAAGCAGAUUUUGUCGGUGAAUGGAAUGCGGUAUGAGUUGCAGGAGAUAUAUGGUAUUGGAAAUUCAGUAGAGAGUGGCGUGGAUGACAACGACCAAGGCAAAGAGUGUGUGAUCUGCUUGUCAGAGCCUCGUGACACAAUUGUUCAUCCCUGCCGACAUAUGUGCAUGUGUAGCGGAUGUGCAACAGUUUUGAGGUUCCAAACAAAUAGAUGCCCGAUUUGCAGACAACCGAUUGAGAGGCUUUUGGAGAUAAAGGUAGGGACUGAGGAGUAA